CAUUUUGACGAACUCGAUCGUUUUCGUGUGUUUCCAGUAGAAAAUCCAUUGAUUUUUGCAUAAAUUGUUUCUUUACUGAAGAUUUUGAAGGAAUUUUCCAGUCUCCAAAAUGCCGCGGAUUAUGAUAAAGGGUGGUGUGUGGCGAAACACCGAGGAUGAAAUUCUCAAAGCAGCGGUCAUGAAAUAUGGCAAAAACCAGUGGUCACGUAUUGCGUCGCUGUUGCACCGGAAAUCGGCUAAACAGUGCAAAGCCCGAUGGUACGAGUGGCUGGACCCGAGCAUCAAGAAAACCGAAUGGUCCCGGGAGGAGGACGAGAAGCUUCUGCACCUGGCCAAGCUGAUCUCCAUAAGCAAACAACGACGACAGGAUGCUGGACACAAGAAGCCAAAGUAA